UAGAAAUCUAUCGAUGCGUAAAGAUGCGUUUGGAAUUAAAUCGCUCAUGGCAACAGCAACCGAAUGCAUUCAGGAUGAAUACCCUCAAGGCCAUCCGGUCUCUCACAACAGCUAAUGCAGCAAGUUCCACUGACUGUUGUAUCUGUCUUUUCCGCAUUGCAUCCUUCCAGUCACUUUUUGUUGCUCCUUUUCUCUGUGUAUCAUUACAAAUGCAUCCGACCUCUUUUAAUGGCCAACAUCCAGGGUUUUAUGUCCACUCUGCAGGACAUUUGCUGAUCUUGAUGACAGUGUCGAAAUCGAUGAACCAGUUGAGGAGGAAAUACUUGCCGAAGGUGAUUGUCCAAAAAUCAUGAAGUGACAUGGCAUUUAGCAUUAACACACAAGUCUCUACAGAAAAAAAAAGAAAAAAAAGAAAAGAAAAAAAGAAACAAAGAAAAUCAGUAUACAGCAGCCGCAUUCUUUUAUGCUUUUUUUGUGAAACAUGUCAUUCUACCAAUCUUCAGUGAUUGACAGCAAGGAUUUUUUUUAUUUUACUUCUGGAUAUUCCGUAUAAUCAGAAGUGGCCG